GGGGACGCGGUGGCUUUGCAGUGUGACAGUCUCUCCAGGGCCGGGCUGGCGCAGUGGGGAAGGUAAGAGGCUUUGUGUGGAGUGCUUUGCUGGAUGGAGUUAGCCCGUGACAGAAUGGUCCUGGGGAACCUGGUACAGCACAAACACAUGACCAUCCCUCCUGGUAAUCCCCUCGCAGACCCAAAUCCCAGUGUGUAGCAGCAGCCUCCCAGCCUCCUCCCUGGCCCUCCCACUCUUCCCUGUGGGAAUAGAAAAACCAGCAGGCAGCAACCCUGGGACCUAGACAAGCUGAGCUAGGCAGCAUAAUGACAGAGGGAGAGAGCAGGGACGCAGCGGGAGCUUGACAUCUGCUCUCACCAUGCUCAGGAUGCGCUGGAUCCGAGCAGGCCACGACAUUAAUGGAGCUCUGGAACCAUCUAACAUCGACACUAGCAUCCUGGAAGAGUACAUCAGCAAGGAGGACUCACCAGAUAUCUGUUUCCCUGACAUCCCUGCUUCAGCCAGCUAUGCACACCCCCAGCCCUCCAGCUCAACCACCAUCAACGCGCCUCUUGCCAGCUCCAUCGCCAAUGUGACCAACCCCGCUUCCAGCGGUUCCCUCCACCUUCCUCCCCCGGGCAACCAGAUCCCAAUCCGGCAUGGUCCUCUUCUGGCCAACCCUUGCGGACCCGGCUACGGUGCUCACCUCAACUGCAAUAACAACAAUGGCAUGGUGGUGCCCAAGGGCUACCUUGGCGGCCACUGCCUAAACAACGUGGUCCCUCCAAUCAAAUCGGAGCCUAAGGCCUCCUACGCACCUGGCACUUUACCUGACUCUCCCCCGGACUCUGGAUCAGAAGCCUACUCCCCUCAGCAGGUGAAUGAUCCUCACCUCCUCCGGACCAUGACCCCCGAAAACAUGUGCCACAUGACUCCCCCUUCUCGCCUGGAGCACCCUCCUCCGCCACCUCCACCUCCACCCCAACACCUUCAGGGUCCCCCGCCGCCGCCCCCCCCUCACCCGCACCAGCAGCAGCACAACCCUCACUACCCCAGCCUGCAGCGGGACAUGUACAUGAAGGCUGAGCCCCUGAUGCCACCGUACGGCAUCGGGCAGGGCAUGGCGCCUGCCGACCUCCACCAUGCCCAGCAGUCGCAGAUGCUGCACCAGCUACUCCAGCAACACGGAGCAGACCUCCCGGUGCACCCUGCCAAGAAGCGGAAACACUCCGAGUCCCCCCCCAACACCCUCAAUGCACAGAUGCUCAACGGGCUGAUAAAGCAGGAGCCAGGUAUGGGGUCCGUGCCACUCAACCCUGACAGAGUCCAAACGCCUCCCUGGCACCAGCCGGGAGCGCUCUCACCAGGCCUGAUUCAAGAUAACGACAGCUUGAAUGGCUCCUACUUGGAUCCCAACUACCAGUCUAUAAAGUGGCAGCCACAUCAACAGAACAAGUGGGCAACUCUGUAUGAUGCCAACUACAAAGAACUCCCGAUGCUCACGUACCGCGUAGAUGCCGACAAGGGGUUCAACUUCUCGGUGGGUGACGACGCCUUUGUGUGCCAGAAGAAGAAUCACUUCCAGGUCACGGUCUACAUCGGCAUGCUUGGAGAUCCCAAGUAUGUGAAGACCCCCGAGGGCCUGAAACCCUUAGAGUGCUUCUACCUGAAGCUGCACGGAGUGAAGCUAGAGGCCUUGAACCAGUCGAUCAAUAUAGAGCAGUCGCAGUCUGACCGCAGCAAACGGCCCUUCAACCCUGUCACGGUCAACCUGCCUCCAGAGCAGGUCACCAAAGUCACCGUGGGACGGCUGCACUUCAGCGAGACCACGGCCAACAACAUGCGGAAGAAAGGCAAACCCAACCCAGACCAGAGGUAUUUCAUGCUCGUGGUAGCCUUGCAGGCACACGCGCAGAACCAGAACUACACUCUGGCAGCCCACAUCUCUGAGCGCAUCAUCGUCAGAGCCUCCAACCCUGGCCAGUUUGAGAGUGACAGCGAUGUGCUCUGGCAGCGGGCACAGCUCCCUGAUACUGUUUUUCACCACGGUCGGGUUGGCAUCAACACGGACCGCCCCGAUGAAGCCCUCGUGGUCCAUGGCAAUGUGAAGGUCAUGGGUUCGCUGAUGCACCCUUCAGAUGUCCGAGUGAAGGAGGACAUCCAGGAGGUGGACACCACAGAGCAGCUGAAGAGGAUCUCCCGUAUGCGACUAGUACACUACAACUACAAGCCCGAGUUUGCGGCCACAGUGGGCAUUGACAACACCUCUGAGACAGGUGUCAUUGCUCAGGAGGUAAAGGAGAUCCUCCCUGAAGCUGUGAAGGACACCGGGGACCUGGUCUUUUCCAACGGGAAGACCCUGGAGAACUUCCUGGUGGUGAACAAGGAGCGCAUCUUCAUGGAGAACGUGGGAGCCGUGAAGGAGCUGUGCAAACUGACAGACAACCUGGAGACCCGCAUCGAUGAGCUGGAGAGGUGGAGUCACAAGCUGGCCAAGCUCAAGCGGCUGGACAGCAUGAAGUCAACCGUGAGCUCUGGGGCAUUCAGCCAAACAGGAAGCCAGUUCAGCCGUGCGGGAAGCAUGCCCCACAAAAAGAGGCCCCACAAAGUAGCUAGCAAGUCACCGUCGGUUGUCCCAGAACAGGCGUGCAUCAGCCAGCGCUUCCUGCAGGGCACCAUCAUUGCCCUGGUCAUCAUCAUGGCAUUCAGCGUGGUGUCCAUGUCCACGCUCUACGUGCUGAGCUUGCGCAGUGAAGAGGACCUUGUGGAUAUCGACGGCUCUUUUGCUGUGCCCACUGCCUGUCUCCUGGCACUCUUUCGGCACAGGGGUCCUGGGGUCCCGGUCGCUCUCUGUCCACGGUCAAGCCAGAACUUUGAUAAAACGCAGAUGGUGCGAUCCACAGCUGCGUCGGACGGAGCCAGCGGCAGGACCCCCACGCACCAGGUCACAGAGGACACACAUGACUUAUUCUUCGGCUUACCUGGUCACAGCGUGCUAGCCUGCUUCAGCCCGCCGUGUUUCUCCACGUGCUGCUCUGCUGCUCCCACCAACGUCUCCUCUGUUGCCCUCUCUGAGACCAGCCCCACUCAUGCCACUAACCGGACAGACCAAAGUCAGACCUCACUCCUGCCAGUGACAAAUAUCAAAGCCAAAUCCAGGGGCAUCACCGGGAAAGCGACCUCCUACACCAAGUGGCCAAAGACACCUGACAGGUCUCAGAGCUUCGGCAGCCCCAAUGCCAGCCCCUCCUCCCCCUUCACCCACAUCCAGGGCAAAUCCAAGUACAUCUCCAACCUCUCGCUCUCCCGCAGCAACUCCCCGCUGGGGCAGGCCCGGCAGCAGCGCAGCAUCAAGCAGCCGGUGAGCGAGUGGCCCCGCACGGAGGAUCCCGGCACAGAUGGGCCAAGCCCAGUGCUGCACUCCGUCCGGAUCGUGGAGAUCGAUAUGGCCAUCCAGUCCCAGUACUGCGCAGCCGCCGACGCAUGCAGGGCUGGAAACUUCACCUACCGCAUCCCUGUCAACCAGCUCACAGCAGUGAACACCAACCUGACCCUGGAGAUGAACUCCUCCUCCGCGGUGUCCAUCUUCCUUUGUGGCCUUGUCUCCAGUGACCCCUGCCAGGAUGCCGCGAGCAGGAACAGCUCCGCUGAUGCGACAGACGCACAGGAAACAACGCACCGUUGGCCUCUUGUGAUGAUGUCUUUCCGGGAGUUUACCUACCACUUCAGAGUAGCACAGCCUGGCCGAGCCAACUGCAGCACUGCUCCUGAGCAGAUGGGACACCUUUUCACUGACUAUUAUUUUCAGUUCUACUGGCUCUGUGAGUGAGUCCUGGCAGCACCAGUGCCCUCUGGUUGGAGAGAGGAGGGGGACUGGUGACACUGGGGAGACUCCUCUACGCCCUCCUCCACUAGCCCCCAGCCCCACCUUACCCCCAUCUCCCACAUGGGGCGUGGAGCUGGUUUGGUUGUGGCUGGUGACGCAGGCACUGAAGCACAGCACACGCAGAACAUAGGACCUAAGCCACAGGAACACAACCGGCCCUGUGGUACCUCCUGGGCUCACCUCACACCGACUCCCACCAUCCCACGCCGCCCCGACCAUCUCUCUCCUUCCCUUACGGGGACGUUUGUGUCCUCCGUCGCUUCUCCCUCCCCUUGCAACACUGGAUUUGAAAGCAUUACACUGAACUGAACGUGGACGGGUCUGCCACAUCCCAGAGUGCGGAUGGGAGCUCCAUCCUGUACUGGCCCGGAGGUCUCAGAUGUGCCACGUCAGUUCUUCACAACACUGGAAUUGCUCGACACUGGAGCCCUUUCCAAGAGCGAAACGCUGGAGUUUGGCCUGGAAAGGAAGGCUGUGCCUGGACGUACUGGAAGUCGUACACUGGAGUUGCUGUUCCUUCUAGUUGGCCCAGGGCCAUCCCCCGCAGCCCCACUCCACAGACCCCCCAGAGACCCCAGGACCCGCAAACGGACUGUCCUCUGUGGACAAGAGAAGGUGCAGCUUCAACAUUUACCCUGCCUGUCCCCCUCCUCGCUGUACUCUUUAACUUUCACCGUAUCCAGGUCUGGAUGGAUAAACUCAAGAACCCCACUAAAGAUGCUGCUGAGGCUGUGCCCAGGCCAAACCAUGUGUGGGGACACUUGCCAUCAACCCAUGGGAGAAAAAUUACCGUGAGUCACCUGCGUUAAGUGUCAUGGGACCUGUUUGUUUCUUUUCAUUUGGCAGCAGCUUGCAGCCUCUUGCAGUGUGUGGAGCUGCCUGGUCAGCUCUCAAGUCAACGCGGCCACCUCUGCCCAGAUGUGCAGAAGUGAGACCACUGGCAAAGCCCGGUACGCCCUGCAGAGCAAGGCUGAGUCGCUGGGGACGUGUGACGUGGCUUCGCUGCACCCCCUGGCUAACGGACCUCUGCCAGGCACUGAAGAGGCAGAUCCUCUCCCACAAAGCGGGGAAUGGCAGCGACUGUGGGCCCUUGCUGUCACUGUUCUCGGAAAGCAGUUAUGUUGAGUGUAUUUUGGGUAUUUUACUGUUACAAGUUCUUAACUUGCUAAACUACUGAAUUUUUUUUUUUUUUUAAGCCGUAUAAAAAUGGGUCUCUUAAUUCUGUCCCUAUUGAGCUACGCGUGUCUCGAAUAGGAAACCAAAGGGGGCCACUGCUAAGCUCCACAUUAAAGCUUGACUGCUACAGCGGUGCUGGGACACGUCAGACUGACUGACCAGCGCGCCAUCCUCCUCCCCGUCCUGCUCCAGCACCUCUUGCUAAAAAGGAGACAUCUGCGUUCCUGGAGGCUGAGCCACCACCAGGUUCUUAUGUCUGAGAUGCAUUUCUCUUAAGGAAAGAGCAGCCACUGCUGGGGAAGGGCAGUGAGGGGGAAACACCACUCACCAGUUCUGAAGCACACGCUAAAGCUGGCUUCAAAGAGCACACCUUGCCCCUUGCAGCCCCCCCACUGGACGCAGGCAACUCGAACCAAACUGGUUUUGGGAAACUGCAUCAGGCUCUGGCUGCUGCGUUUUGUUGCCUUCAGUGGAGACAGAUGCAGCGAUCCCUCCCUUUGCCAGCUGCAGGCCGUGGUGUUACCAGCACUGCGGAGUGCGUGGCUGGCUCCGCUGCUCCAAAGAAACAAGCUGCAAAGACAUUUUUUUAUCCAGAUAGGUGGUUCCUGUGCACAUCCCGUGGGACCCUACGUGGCCUUCUCCCCCCAGUCUGGGGAGCAGUUUUAUCUCCUCAGAACUUAUUUCUGAGCUUGUCCCAGCAAAGCAGCCACAGCCCUGCAAUUCCCUGCGACAUCGCUAGGAGUUGGCAUCUCUGCCAGGCAAGGCUCGCUCUUUGUAGGGCAGUUUUGAGGUCAGGUCUUCAUUCUUACUGUAUGCCUACAGGCAGCAAACACUUAACUAUACAUUGGUGAUGCUCUCCAGUUACUAAAAUGCACUGAAGCCUGGGCAGGCAGGAACCAGUAGGUGAGCAGGCAACGCCAGGCAGCCAAGCAGGAGUGAAGCUAGGGGACUACCAGAUUUUUGGGGAGCUCAGCGGAAAAAACAGAGGUCUCUUGUGCCACGCACAAGCAGGUCAGCUCCAUGCUCAGCAGGAUUCUCUGUUUCUCCCUGCAACUGGGAAGGAAACCCUCCGAUGUAGCUAUCCGGCGAGGCCGCUCAGCACUCUUCCCUCUACCUGCCCUGAGCUUUUUUGCUUGGCCUUAAACUGGGAAGUUACUUUCUUGGCAGCUGUUAUUCUCCACUUGGCAAUCAGUGGUCCAGGCUGGCAAGUCCUUAUUCAGGUGAGUGAUGCCACAUGCUCUUCCAUAUCUGCUCAGUGAGAGGCAGCCUUCUCAGACCUGCCGUUUUCCCUUGUAUUGUCAAGCUGGGCUAGAUGCCUGUGUGCUCGUUUAGCCCCUGAAGAGGUAACGAGCAGUGUUGUGAGGGCCAGAGCUGAAAGCACUGCCUGCAAUCACCACCACCAAUCCACCCUCUCGCUGGUGGUCCUGGCCAAGGUCUGCCGAGACCCACAAGUCCAUCUCGCCCCACUGCAGGGAAAGCCACUCCUGGAGGGGAGGAAUCAAUCAAUCACUAGAAACGUGCUAGCAGCAGUAGCCCAAGAGGAGAUGGGAGUCUCUCAGGUGUCCCUGCGAUGCUUAGCUAUGGGGUUUACAAGGGCCCCUGGCAAACCAAGUGCCUAAGGGCUACAGGAACAUCUCUAGUGCCUUUUUCUGCAGACAGGACUGCAUGAGGGAACCGUGGUUUCCUACAUGUGCAUAAAAUGCUGCGUGCCUCAAAGACGGUGGCCAGUUAGCUUAAGAACGGAGACGAGGCAACACCUAAAGUGCAAAGGCCGGCCCUACCCACAUACAGCUGUUUCACAGCAGAGCAGCAGCGGGCUGACAGCAAUCCCUGGUAUCAAAAGAGGAGAGGGAUUCAGAAUGCAGUUUUUAGCAUCUUAUAUCGCAAAUAAUAGCAUCUUUUGUCUUAAAGUGUAUCACAAAGCGUAUGCCAGAUCCACCAGCCACUGCACAGCAAGGCAGAAUCCAACUCAAAAGGGUUUUGUAAUUAUUAAAGGGUCACAGGAUUGCUUCUAAGCCCACGGAAACAGCUGUUUGCAUAGACUCCCCCCAAGGUGUCUCUGCCCUAACUGAAGACAUGUUCCCCAUCCCCAAUCAGUAACAGAGUUAACAAUCAGGCCUUUACCUGCAUGAGACGGAGGGAGCUCUGAGCCGAUGUCUCCAGCCGUACAGCUUGGGGAAAACCCUCUCCUUCCGCUGGAAACGAGACGCUUCAUCUCUCUAGACAUUCUUGGCAGGAAGGAAGACAAGUGUGGAAAGGAGGCCACUUGCCAAAGUUUGGCUGUUUCAGAGUUUGUUUCAAAAGCAAAUUCACAAACAUUCUGUCCUACUGUUAGAGCUUAAAGCCUGUAAAUAGAGACUAUGCCACCACUGCAAGAAUUAAGAAAAAAGUAAAGCACUAAUUUGUUUGGUUUAAAUGUUGCUGUCACAGCUUUAAUCACUGUAUAUUGCCAGCAAGUCUGUAGAGUUGCAUUCUUAGCAGGUAUUAUUGAUUAUUGGUUUUUAUUUGUGGGGAACAAGCGUGGUUUCCCUCCUUUCUUUCUGAUUUAUAUUUAUAUUUUGCUGAAUUUGAGUGCUGAGUCUCCGGAUUCCCCACUUUUUUGUUUGGCUUAUUUAGACUUUGUUUUAUGCUGGAGGUAAAUAUGCCCAUAUAAAUAAAUAUAUAAAUACUGCUUUGUAUCCAA